GUCUCCGGCGCCGGCGGCGAUCUGGAGGCGCCCACCGGCGGCGCCAUUCGCGCCGCGGCCCACCCCGGCGACGUCGUAGGGAGCUAUGGCAGGCCGGUCUCGGCGGCGGGGGAGGAUGCGGGGCCGGACCUCCGGUACCGGGGGUGGAAGGCGAUGCCGUUCGUGAUCGGCAACGAGACGUUCGAGAAGAUGGGCAGCAUCGGCACGGCGGCGAACCUGAUGGUGUAUCUCACCUCCGUCUUCCACAUGUCCAACAUCCAGGCCGCCGUGGCGCUCAACGUGUUCAGCGGGACGACCAACCUCGCCACCGUCGCCGGCGCCUUCGCCUCCGAUCUCUACCUCGGCCGCUACGCCACCGUCGGCACCGGCUGCGUCGCCACAUUGAUCGGGAUGAUCAUCUUGACGCUGACGGCGGGCGUGCCGUCGCUGCAUCCGCCGCGGUGCGACGCUGGAGGCGGCGGCGAGGGGAAGUGCGUGGGCGCGACGAGGGGGCAGCUCGCGGUGCUUGGGCUGGCGUUCGCGUUCGUCGUGGCCGGCGCCGGCGGCAUCCGGCCGUGCAGCCUGCCGUUCGGCGCCGACCAGUUCGACCCGCGCACGGAGUCCGGCCGCCGCGGCAUCAGCAGCUUCUUCAACUGGUACUACUUCACGCUCACCAUCGCCGUCUGCGUCUCGUCGACGGCGAUCAUCUACGUGCAGAGCAACGUGAGCUGGACGGUCGGGCUCGCCAUCCCGGCCGCGCUCAUGCUCGCCUCCUGCGUGCUCUUCUUCGCCGGCGCGGGGCUCUACGUCCGCGUGCGCCCCGAGGGGAGCCCCUUCGCCGGCGUCGUGUGCGUCGCCGUCGCCGCGAUCCGGAAGCGGCGGGUGGUUGCCCCGUCCUCCGACGAGUCCCUCUUCAGGACGCGCCACGCCACCAGCGGCGUCGUGUCCAGGCUCCCCCACACCGACCAGUUCAGGUUCCUCGACAAGGCCGCCGUCGUGGUCGACGCCAAGAGCGAGGUCGACGCCGGCGGGCACCCCAAGAAUCCAUGGCGGCUGUGCAGCUUGCAGCAGGUGGAGGAGACCAAGUGCGUCCUCCGCAUCCUGCCGGUGUGGCUCACCUGCAUCGUCUACUACAUCGCAUUCGCGCAGACGAACACCUACGUCAUCCUGCAAGCGACGCAGUCCGACCGCCGCCUCGGCGGCGGCGGAUUCGAGGUGCCGCCGGGAUCAUUCACCGUCAUCCCCAUGGUCGCGCUCACCGUCUGGAUCCCGCUCUACGACCGCCUCGUGGUGCCGUGGGCGAGGAGGCUCACCGGGCGCGAGGAAGGCGUCACGCUGCUCCAGCGGAUGGGCAUCGGCAUGGCGCUGUCGGUGGUGGCCAUGCUCCUCUCCGCCAUGGCCGAGGAGCGGCGGCGCGAACUGGCCGUGAUCCACGCGGCGGAGACGGGCGGGUCGCUGUCGAACAGCAGGGCGUCGCCGCAGUCGGCGUUCUGGCUGGUGCCGCAGCUGGCGGCGCUGGGGCUCUCGGAGGCGUUCAACCAGGUGAGCCAGAUGGAGUUCUACUACAAGCAGUUCCCGGAGAACAUGCGCAGCGUCGCCGGCUCGCUGCUGUUCAGCGGCCUGGCGCUGUCGAGCUACCUGAGCGGCCUCCUCGUGGCCGCCGUGGCGCGCGCCACGAGGGGCGACGGCGACGGGGACGACGGGUGGCUCGCCGACGACCUCAACCGGGGGAGGCUGGACUGCUUCUACCUCCUCAUCGCCGCCAUUGGGGCGGCCAACUUCCUCGCGUUCCUUGCGUGCGCCAAGUGGUACAGGUACAAGGGCUCCGACGACGACGACGACGGCGGCGGCGCCGGCCAUGAGCAGGUUGCACAUGGAAUCAGUGCUGCUGCUUAAGCUAGAUUAGAAAGAGAUUAAACCUGCUGUUGUGUGAAAAAUUCUCGAGGGAACAUUCCCUUCUUGUUUUAUUAUGCCGUCUAAAUAGUUAAAGAGAAAAACUUAGCAUGUUAAAUUAAUAUGUGAUAUCACUACAUAACCUAAUAAUCAUGUCAUGUAAUAUAAAAAUUUGUCUUCUAUAGGUUACAUAAAUAAGAGAAGAAAAGAAAACCGUGAAU